UGCUCCUCGUUUGCCGCUCGAGGGCUCACGGGCUGAAACACGGGUCCGGGUUGGAGGGAAAUGUGAGAACCUCAACAACAACAGUCAGUUUUUUUUUUUUUUUCUCCAGUUAACUACGGAUUGAAUCACGAAACACUUCUUUUUUUUUUUUGAUAACGCUGUUUAGAAGGUUUAAACGUCUCGGAGCCUUUUAAAUCAAUUGUCAACUUUCUUAAUUCCCCCUAAAUGAUUGGAAAGCACUUGCUACAGCAGACCCUAUCUGCCCGGUUGAGGCUAUUACCAAUCGCCUGCUUAAGAUGGCAGACUCCCUUGCGGCAGAAGGUGAAUGUAAGCUCCUGCUCAGGCCAAAGCAUCCUUUAGUGCUCCUGGAGUUAGAGCCAGGAAGAUUAACAUAUCAGGAGUAAUCCGACUCGGCCCACAAGCACAACUAUGGAGGAGGAGGAGCAACAGUUUGAGGGGGGGGGUGUAGAGGCAGGCAGAGGCAUCAGAAAGAAGCUCUCUGCUCCACUUAGAGUAACCACGCUCUCCCUCCUCACCCUAACCCAUCCUUCUCGACCCGCAGAGUUCCCCUCCUGGGAGCAGAACGGAGGACCUGCUGCUGGAAAAGAGGGUUAAAGGAUUUUUUUUUUUUUUUUUGCAAAACAGAAGAGCAAGAAGUUCUGCGAGAAGAGGCAUGUUGACGGGCAUUUUCUGAACCAAAGUGAAUCGUCCCUUCAAGCUCUUUUUUUUUUUUUUUUUUAAAUGGAUCUAUCGGAGUCCCAUAAAGAGCAUGAUUACAUUCAGAGGAAUGUUGAUUUUGAUCGUCACCACUUAUAACACUUCAAUGGAAAGGCAAAUAUGAUCAACGAAUAACACAUCCUGGACCUGAAUCAAGUCAGGACACCUCCCGCGCUCGCAAGGCGAAGGAUUUGUGACAGACUUUAUGGGAAGAAAAAAAAAGCAGGACUCCUGCCUGUGCUCCUCACCUUUGAUGAAGAUGGACUUACCCAGUCAGCACUUGCCUGGGGAGGUCAGCUGAAGCCGACGCCACACAGCUAAGUCUGGAUUAGCGGGCCGAACGGCACUGUCCCCGGGCCUCCUGAUGCUCACUUAAGAGGGGAACAGACAAGACUGGGCCUCGCUGGGACUCCAUAAGCACGUUGUUUCCCCUGCAACAACACAAGUUUCAAUGCUCCCCCACGUUUUAAGAUGAAGUUAUGGAAAGGUGCUACUUUUGCCUUCGUGCUCUGUGCUGCAGCCCUGUCCACCUUCCUCGCUAGAAACACGCUCUCCAUCAGAGGGUUCAAAGUCCAAGCGAAACAUCCGCACGCAUCUUCUCCCUCAGAACCAUCCCCCAAAUCCUCUUCAACAUCUUCAGCGGAACCGCGAGCCCUUCCCCAGCAGAGAGACAGUCUUCUUCGGAAGACCCGCUCAACAAGAAACAACAUGAACUCCCUGCUCUCAGAGUUUUCUGGGAUGCUGCAGAGCUUUACGGAGGGUGAGCUUCAGCAUGUGCUGGGAACCUUGCUGGACAGGAAGCGACGGAGGGACCAGUCCCUUGGCAUGACCCAGGCUCGAAGGACUAAAAGAGCUCACAAAUCCAGGCCCUGCUCCCUGAGGAAGCUGGUUCUGACUGUGAACGAACUGGGUCUGGGUUUCGAGAGCGACGAAACGGUACAGCUGCAGUACUGCAGCGGGCAAUGUGACAAAGAGAAGAAAAACUAUGACUUAGUCAUGAAGCACGUUGUUGAAAAAGGCUUUAUUGGGAGGGGUCGAAGGAACAAAGUUAGCAAAGAUCCCUGUUGCCGACCCACUAAGUUUGAAAAGCCCAUCGUGUUCUACGGAAAUCGCACUUAUAACAAAAUAUCUAAUGUAUCAGCAAAGAGUUGUGGGUGCGUAUGACCCGAAGUAACGAACUUCUCACUUCUUCAAGCUGCUGCAAGCUUCUGCUCAAAGACCCAGAAAGGGAUGCAUAGUGGACAAACAAGGGAAUAUAAACACCGGCGGAGCGGAGGAAACAAUGGGAAAAUGUUUAUGCCGUCUCCAUGGGAAUCUUAUGACAGACUGACUUUGACUGAAUUUGUCUGUCGCAGGGAGCUGGAAACAGAUCACUUGGGUGACAAAGCGCUGUGUUUGGAUUCCACGUACUAAUGAAAAGAAAACGAAAGUUACAGCACAAACAAAUACGUGUUAAUAUCUUUUCUAUCUGUGUAGUAACACUGUGAACUAUGGUGUUAACAUCAGUUUAGCAACAUAAGGUUUGUGUCUUAGUCAUUUGUCCAUGUUUAGAUUCAGAACAACGCGCCAGAGUGGAUCGGAUCAUCACGGUUACUGCACUUCAUUGAGAUUUCAAUCCAAAUUGUAUAGCUUCCAACAAAUUACUAGUCAGGCACAUAAAAUAAAACAUAUAUUACAACAAGGUUCGCUUAAAACUCAAUACACAACCACUUGCGCAGUUACACUUUGAGAUGUGUCCAAAAAGUGGCAGUCUAAGAAGAUUUUUUUAAUGGCAUGUUUCCUCUUGACUUGUGUACUUUAUGGUUACUAACAGCAGCUUUAUCACACAGGUAAGAGAAGAAGUGUUACUUAUAAUUUAUAAAUGAAAGAAUUUUUUUGCUGUAGCUCCAGGUACAAGACCCAUAAUUACUGCAUUUUAUUGGUAUUGUGUAUUUCAACAUGUAUUCUCAGUGUAAAAAAAAAUCCCCACCUGCAUUUGUGGAGCAAAUCUUCUCUACUUCCCCAAAAAUAAUUUACUAGGCAUUCCUGGUAAAGAUGAAAUAAAUUGAUGAUUUAUUGCAGUAGUAUAACCUCCAUAUAAUAUUUUUACUUGAGUAUAUUUUAUUCAGAGGGAAAACUACCAUGUUAGGAAAUAACUAUCGGCCCUGCUGCUAAUGCACUGUAAGACAGAAAUGUUUCCUUCUGUAACCUUUCACAAGGAUGGAGCGUACAGAUACCAUUGUGGAACUGAAAUGGAGGUCAUGGUGGUUUGGUUGUCCAGUCCACCUAGGUUUGCAUGGAUACUGGUAAGGGUCUGGUUCUUGUAUACCCAAAGCCAUGUCUGCGUUCUCAAGCACAAAGUGUAUCUUGUUUCCAGAGAUGCAUUUGUUGUCUCCGAUCCCAUUUGUGGUGUUUGUGAUGCGGUGUCUGGUUUGGGAAACCCAGAGUCUCAUCUUUGCUUUUUGAAGAGGAUGUGGUUCUGUUUCCAUCUUCAGGCCAUGACCUUCAGAGUGAUACGGCUGCAAGUCUUGGCCUGUAUGAGAGUUGAUGGGGGGCCACUCUCUGCCUAAAGCAGAGGAGGAAGUUAAGUAUCUUGGCAUCUUGUUCAGAUAAAAAGCUAGACAAGAGCCUCGUCUGCAAUAAUGCAAUAACUGCUCCAUUUUGUCAUAAUGAAGAAAGAGCUGAGCUAAAGAGAAAAGCUCAACAUUUAAAUGGUCCAUCUACAUUCCUGCCCUCACCCACAGUUUAUCAGAUAAGGUUCAUGACAGAACAAAUUGCUAAAACGCUCUUCCUCUGUAAGGUGUCUGGAUUAGAAAAGGGUUGAGGAGCUCACGCAUGCAGGGAACCUAGCGCUGCUGCUCCUCCAGACCGAUAGGAGUCACUUGAUGGGGUAUUGGAAUGUGAUCCGGAUACUUCCUGGGAGCUUUCCUCAUGACCGGUAUGCACUGUGCUUAUAAGACUUCUCCGUGGAUUUAAGAAUCUUUGGUACGACUUCAAGUUUGAUGUGUGCACAAUGUACAAUCACAGUUUUCUGCUAAAUCUCUUAGAACGCCCGGCAAAAAUCAGCUGUUCAGCUGUACGUGCUUCUCUUCAAUCCCCAAUUCCAUCCGAAAAAACCCCACAAUCAAAUAAGUUAAAAAUAAUUGUCCAGUAAUAAAUGAAAGAUUUCUCUCUGGAUAAAUCUGUUUAAUCAAGCGUCAACAAUCUUUCAUAAAUAAUAAUAAAAAACGAAUAAGUUCAGCAAAAUAUCCUAGUUCAGCACAUCACAACCCGACGCAGGCGCAAAAUAUAAGUACAAAAAAAAUAUCAAGAUAGCAAUUUUUUUUAUCAGUCUUGGAUUAGGUUACCACAACAAGAGAACACUAAUGAAAGCUCUUACCGGUUUGUGCCUGGCGCACAAUCCGUCAUGCAUAUAGCUCCUGUUCACAGCCUUUGUUUCUUCUGGUUAAACAAACUUGUCUGAUCGGAGCAAAUAGGACAGGUUUUUCCUGGCUGGAAUUGAUUCAGAAAUCCAAAACUUUUUUUUUUCUUUCAAAGUAUCCGACACUGCCAGACAUUAAUCGCAGUGGAUCUUUGGUUGGAAGACACCAACAACGGCUGUCCUUGAACCUGUCUCACAGUGUGACGCGAGACAGCAGAUUUAGAGCCAAUUUUUCAACAGUCCUUGUGUUUUGUCUGCAACAGCCAAAACUGCAGUGUAUACCGGGCAUUAGGAAGGUUUCCGUGCACAUCUUACUGGGAGACGAUCCUGCAAUGCAACUAGAACUCACUGAAGGGACUAUACACCUCUUGGGAACCCAACAGAACAUAACAAGUUAGGGUUCUCUCAUGGAGAGAACAGGUUUUUAACUGGACUUGGGUCUGGGGACUAUCAUGGCCAGUUCUGUGUUGAUUCGCUCAUAUGUUUUGGAUCAUCAUCACGUAAAAUGAUCCAGUGUCGACUCAUUUUCAGUUUUCCUACGGAGUUCACCAGAUUUAAUUAAAACCUUCUGGUAUUUUGAAGAGUUUAUGAUCCCAUAUAUUCCAAUGUCGCAGGACCUCUGGAAGGGAAACCAGCCCACAGCAUCACAGAUCCUCCACUGUAAUCAACAGUGGGGAUGACGUGCAUUCCCACAUAUUUAUUUUUGUUUCAGGCCAAACCCAUCUAGAGGGUUCCGUCGCCAAAAAGCCAAAUCUGGAUGUCAGAGAAGGUCAUUUCCCGACAUGACUCCCAAACAAUGGCUUGUCACGUACAUGAUGUCUAAUGCUUGUUAUGGAGACUUUGCAACCCCAAUUGUGCCACAGCCAAGUUAGUGAAACUAUUUCUUAGCAUGGGAAUCUUUCCCCUGUGAAUAAAUGUACUCAGAUUAAAGGUUGGAUUUUUCCAACUUCCUAAGGUUGCAAUUAUGCUACUGCAAAAAAAAAAACAGUCAUUUAUUUUAAGUUUUUUUUCCCCCUAUCUCUUAUACAGGAGUGCCAACAAAUGUCUGUAUCUCUACAUUGGCUAGAAUCCAUUUUACUUAAAACAAUUGCCAAAAUAUCGGAUCAAAUCAGACGUGACAAAUUUACCAAGUCAGAUUCCAUUAAGCAUCUUUCCUCUCAUGUUUAAGGUAAUAUAAGCUAUUCAAAUUGUUACUCUGGGUGGAAUCUGUGAAAUUUUAGCCUCAAACCAGGGUUUAACUGAUUUGCAAAGAUGAAACAGGAGAAAGUGGGAAACAGAUGAAUGGUUUUAGUUAAAGGUAGUGGAAUGUUUUCUUUUUCCUCUGUGAAGCAGAAAGCUGAAGUUUUUACCCACCUGUAAAGCGUUUUCUGACCCAUGACCUACUGUACUGUACAGCCUUUGGACUGGCCCCGAACAUGCCUCUGUGUUGUGUUGCCUGGUAGACGUUUAGGAGAGUAAUAAGCUGUGUACAUGAACUAUGAUGCAUAUUUUCUUUUCGACCCCUCAGAUGUCCUGUUGUAGUUUGAAAUAACUGCCUGAAGUACAGCUAUUGUUUUACAUUUUUGUUUUUCUCAUGAGAAGAUCAAAGCGAGGGGUGCAGAUGCGGUGCAUCUAUGUUGUAGUUUAUAUUGUAUUUAUUUUGGAAAUAAAUUAUAGAUUUUCAUAUUUAUUAAGAUUACCACACAUAAAGGGGACAGCUUUUUAUCAUCGAGCAACUGUGCCAAAAAUGUUUUAUCUUACACUCUAUAUUGACUGCUGAAUAAAGAUAACUUUAAAACA